AUGAUGUUACCUCUUGUGAUUCUGUUUGUUCUCCUGAAUUCAGCUACUUCUGGAAUUCUCAAAGAAAGAAACAAGGAUUCAUGUGUUGGUCGCUGCGGGGAUCAUGUAAACCAUAAUUAUAAGUGUCAAUGCAAUAGCGCAUGUGUGCGCCAUGGAGACUGUUGCACCGAUUACAACUUGUGUAAUGCGGGGUUGUCAUGCAGGGGAAGGUGCAGUGAAGCUUAUAAUCCCAACAACCCCUGUCACUGCAAUACCAAGUGCAGCCAAUAUCACAAUUGCUGCCAGGACUACUCUUCUCAGUGUGGGGGUAAGAGAAAGGGGUUCACCAGAAGCGAAGUCGGUUUUACCGAUGAGGAAAUUCUCGUAGUUUCUGAGCAGAUUUAUUCUCUGGACACCAACAAAGCAACAAAGAAUGAGAUACAUCUUAAUCUUCAGCACUCUGUUUUCGAAUCGCAAACUGGGACUAAGAUUGAUUAUGCCCCACAGCGGCUUUUUGCUUACGUGAAUGAAGAGGUUUUGUUCUCAAGGCCAACUUUUGCUAAAUUCAUCGCACUAUUAAACAACUACAACCGAAUGACUGGCAUCGCAGAGAAGUUCACAGUGGAGCAGCUGGCAGAACAAGACAUGUUCAUCACAGAGAUUAUGAAGAGUUCCAUCAUGAACAAGCUGUACCAGGUCUUCCGGUCAAAGAAAAUGUAUAAUUCCAUCGCAGAGUUUGAGGAGGACCUGAAAAAGAUGUGGUUUGGUCUCUACUCUAGAGCCAACAACGUUCUUGAUUCCAGCGGCUUUGAACAUAUUUUUUCAGGUGAAGUGAAGAGAGGGAAGGUGUCUGGGUUCCACAGUUGGAUCCGCUUCUACCUUGCCGAGCAGAAUGGUGAACUGAAUUAUUACAGUUACAACUAUGAUGGACCAUGGGCUGACUAUCCAGAUGUGUUGGCAAUGCAGUUUGACUGGAAUGGAUACUUCAAACAAGUGGGUUCAGAAUUCAUUGGCUCCAGUCCCGAAUUUGACUUUGCCAUUUAUACUCUUUGCUUUAUUGCAAGGCCAAAUUCUCCGUGUACAGUGAAGCUUGGCAGGAACACCAUGAAAAUUCAGACAUACACCUGGACCAAGUCCACAUAUGGAAAUGGGAAGAAAUAUGUAGCAUCAGCUUUCCCUCUAACUCCGUAA